UCGCUUGGAUAUUUUUAGAGUGUCAUAAUUUAACAAGGGACCGUACAAAACCAUACAUUCAUCAUGACCUCAACCACAUAUUCAGUUCUCUAAAUUGUCCAACUUGUGCUUGUAUCAAUAAUAAUAAUAGGAAAGGAAAUGGAAGAGAGAAAGUAUAGUAAUAUGCAUGUUCUAAUGAUUCCAUACCCAAGUCAAGGUCACAUAAACCCUAUGCUUCAAUUCAGCAAACGCUUGAGCACAAAAGGAGUUAAAGUCACAAUGGUCACAACCAUUUUCAUCUCCAAAACCAUGCAUCUCCAAUCAUCAUCCUUACCUUCCUCCCUUCAAUUUGACUUCAUAUCUGAUGGCUAUGAUGAAGGUGGCUUUACUCAAGUUGGCAACAUAUCAACCUAUCUAUCUCACAUGCAAGCCAUAGGCUCCAAGAAUUUGAAGGAACUCAUUCAAAAACAUAAUGUUUCUGAUCACCCUAUAGAUUGUGUAGUAUAUGACCCUUUUCUUCAAUGGGUUUUGGAUGUAGCCAAAGAAUUCAACAUAAUUGGAGCUGCUUUUUUCACUCAAAUGUGUGCUGUCAAUUACAUGUAUUAUUAUGUUUACCAUGGACUUUUAAAGCUUCCUAUAUCUUCAAUGCCAAUUUCUAUACCAGGACUUCCUUUGCUUGAGCUCAAAGAUACACCUUCCUUUGUUUAUGACCCUGGCUUCUAUCCUGCUUACUAUGAGAUGGUUAUGAAUCAAUAUUCUAACAUCCAUAAAGCAGAUAUCAUUCUUGUCAAUUCCUUCUACAAGCUAGAAGACCAGGUGGUGGAUUCUAUGUCAAAGCUAUGUCCAAUAUUGACAAUUGGGCCAACAGUUCCAUCCUUUUACUUGGACAAAGGAGUUCCAAAUGACAAAGACAAUGAUUUGAAUCUCUUUCAGUUAGACUCAUCACCCAUUAAUUGGCUGAAUUCAAAGCCUGAAGGGUCAGCUAUUUAUGUAUCAUUUGGAAGCAUGGUAUGCUUUAGCAUAGAGCAAAUGAAGGAAAUAGCAUUAGGAUUAUUAGGAAGUGGUUCAAAUUUCUUAUGGGUGAUCCCUAAUAUGGAGAAAAAGAAUAUCUCAAAAGAGUUGGUUGAAGAAAUGAGUUCAAGUGGAAAAGGGUUGGUAGUGAAUUGGAUACCACAAUUGGAAGUUCUAUCAAACAAAGCUAUUGGUUGCUUUCUAACACAUAGUGGAUGGAAUUCAACACUUGAAGCAUUGUGUUUAGGAGUGCCUAUGGUUGCAAUACCACAGUGGACUGAUCAACCUUUGAAUGCAAAAUAUGUUGAGGAUGUGUGGAAAGUGGGAAUGAGAGUUAAGGUUAAUGAGAAUGGGAUUGUGACAAAAGAAGAGAUUGAGAGUUGCAUUAUGAAAGUGAUGGAAAAUGACAUUGGAAGAGAAAUGAAAAUUAAUGCUAAGAAAUGGAGAGAAUUGGCUAUAGAAGCAGUAAGUCAUAGUGGCACUUCAGAUAACAACAUCAAUGAAUUUGUAAAUAAGCUGAAGAGGUCCUAAACUAAUGUUAAUAUGUAUUUUGGAAUUAUCACUAAGCUGUAUGCGUACUGGUUAUAGAUUCCCUCAAAAUACAACCGAGGGAAUCCUUGGAUUUGGAUUGUAUGAGAUGUUUAUUUUCCUUAUUUCUCAGUGGUGCUUCUAUUUGCUUGACAACAUAAA